AUGUCUCUGGUGGGGCUAACGGGGGGUGUCUCUCCCCUUCUUCCUUCCCUUCCCUUCCCCUACCCAACCUCCGGAAAGGUCCGGAAGUACCUGUUGCUCCUCGACAUCCGGAAGGACCACGUCAAGUUCUGGCGGCCGCAGAUCUUGCUGAUGGUGGCCAACCCGCGCGGAGGAGCCCAGCUGAUGAAAUUCAUCAACCACCUGAAGAAAGGUGGCCUCUUCGUCUUGGGCCACGUGGAGAUCGGGGACCUCGACACGAUGCCCUCGGACCCCAUCCAGGCGCACUACAACUUCUGGCUCAGCCUGGUGGACAAGCUGAGCAUCAAAGCCUUCGUCGACCUCACUUUGUCGCCUUCCGUCCGGCAGGGGACGCAGCACCUGCUCCGCAUCACGGGACUCGGCGGGAUGAAACCGAACACCUUGGUCCUGGGUUUCUACGAUGACUCGGUCCCCGAGGAUUACUUCCUGCAGGACCCGGCCUUCAGCCAAGCGCGGGAGAACGACGAAUUUGGGGUGGAUUUGGCGGCCUUGCAAGCCCACUUCCCUCCCGUCCGGGUGACGGCUAACCAGCGGGCGCUGAGGCCCUCCGAGUAUGUGGCCAUCGUCUCGGACGCGGUGAAGAUGCACAAGAACGUCUGCCUGGCCCGCUACUUUCACCUCCUCGACAGGGACCUGCUCUCCUCCUCGGCGUCCAAGAAGCGGCUGGAAGGCCGCUACAUCGACGUCUGGCCCCUCAACCUCCUGCGCCCCGACACGCCAACCUAUGUAGACAUCUGCAGCCUCUUCCUCCUCCAGAUGGCCUGCAUCCUCACCAUGGUCAACUCCUGGAAGGGGGCCCGGUUGCGGCUCUUCAUCUGCGUGGAAUCCGGGGACGGCGGCUGGGGGAACAAGGAGGAGAAACUGCGGGAGCUCCUGACCAAGUUGAGGAUCAAAGCCACCAUCAAGAUCGUCGCCUGGGACCAGGUGGCCACCGUCCCUGAGGUCACGGGCGGCGGGGAGGUCCCGGAGAGCCCUCCGUCCGGAGAGACGCGCGGGGGGGGAACCUUCCUCAACGCGGCCACCUUCCGCGUGACGGACGAGUACUUGAGGUCGGUCAACGAGCUGCUCCGGAAGCAAGGCGGGCAGACGGCCGUGCGUUUCCUCUACCUGCCGCGCCCCCCCGCCGACACCUCGCAGUACGAGCGCUACCUGGAGCAGCUGGAGAUCCUCACCGCCGGCUUGGGGCCCACCCUCCUGAUCCACGGCCUGACCCCCGUCACCUGCACCGAGCUGUAAGCGGGCCCGUCCGCGGGUUCGUGGCCCAGCGACGGCCCUCGCUUGUCACCGACGAUGAACGAAACGUGCCUUUUGAGGCG